ACCCGUCUAGAUGAUGAGGCGGGAGCGCUCUCCCUUUCGGUUUCUGUCUGAGCCAGUGGUUCGUGACCGCGAUUUGGGGCUGUAGCGGAUUACUCAGUGAGAGUGCUUCCGCCUUAUCAUCGCUUCGCAUGACUCCUGUCACUGCUACUGUCUGCAACAAGACAUCAUUUUGGCGAUUGGGUGUCUAACUGUCUCCUCCAAAUUGCAACAUCUCAAUUCUCAAACCUCGAUGUCGUCAGAUCAUCCAUUUGUGCAUUCCAUGCAGUGGCAUUCCAGUGGUUUAAUAGAUAAUCCUUGCCAUUUCUUCAUGUUUGAUUUUUUCCUCGUAAAUGGCCUGACUGAUUUUUUCUGUCAUCCAUCGGAGAGCGUCGUCCAUUCUUCUCCAAUCUGUUGUUCUUUUGCACUUUGCAGGGGAAAUGUAAAAAAAAAAAAGGAAAGAAAAAGAAAGUCAAAAUCCUUGAAUUAUAUUGAAGAAUAUAUAGAUGUUGCUCUGUUACUUGUUCUUCUUUACUUCAGUCGAUCAUAUAAUGGUAUCUUAAUUAGAACAUUUUUCUUCUAUUUCAAGCUUCUCAUUUGUAACUAAGAUGUUCGGGGAGAUGUUUCGGUUACAGGGAAAGCUUAGGGAUUUUAUCAAUAAUAGAUGGCUUGUAUUCGUUGCGGCAAUGUGGAUCCAGUCGUGCGCUGGGAUUGGAUAUUUAUAUGGGAGCAUUUCGCCGGUGAUAAAGAGCUCUCUGAACUAUAACCAGAGACAGAUAGCGAGAUUGGGUGUAGCUAAGGAUCUCGGGGAUAGUGUUGGAUUUCUGGCUGGGAGUUUGUGUGAGGUUCUGCCGAUUUGGGGAGCUCUUCUAAUCGGUGCAUUAAAGAACUUCAUUGGGUAUGGGUGGGUUUGGCUGAUUGUUACUGGUAGAGUGCCAACUUUGCCUUUGUGGGCGAUGUGCGUUGUAAUAUUUGUGGGAGCAAAUGGAGGAACCUAUUUCAAUACGGCAGCACUUGUUUCAUGUGUACAGAACUUCCCCAAAAGCCGUGGUCCUGUUGUGGGUAUACUGAAGGGAUUUGCUGGGUUGAGUGGUGCAAUCUUAACCCAGGUAUAUGCGAUGAUCAAUGCUCCAGAUCAGGCAGCAAUCAUUUUCAUGGUUGCAGUUGGGCCCUCAAUGGUGGUUAUAGCAUUGAUGUUCAUCGUUAGGCCAGUUGGGGGUCACAGACAAGUCAGGCCAUCUGAUGGUUCGAGCUUCACGUUUACCUACAGUGUCUGCAUCCUUUUGGCUGCUUAUUUGAUGGGGGUCAUGCUUGUCGAAGAUAUAGAUGAUGUGAACCACACUGUGGUCACAUUAUUUACAGUAAUACUGUUCAUUCUCGUAUUGCUUCCUAUUGUGAUUCCCAUCCUUCUGAUCAGUCUUUCCUCAGAUUCAAAACCACCUGCUGAAGAGAGCCUUUUACCGCCUGAAACCGAGAAAGAUAGACCUGGAAAAUCUGGACAGAGUGGAUCAAAUGAGGUUAUUCUCAGUGAGGUGGAAGAGGAGAAGCCCGUGGAAGUAGACUUGCUUCCUGCAUCAGAAAGGGAAAAACGAAUUGCACAGCUGCAAGCAAAACUAGUCCAUGCAGCAGCAGAAGGAGCUAUCAGAAUCAAGAGACGGAAGGGUCCACGCAGGGGGGAAGAUUUUACGUUGAUGCAGGCACUGAUAAAGGCAGACUUCUGGCUCAUCUUUUUCUCCCUGCUAUUGGGUUCAGGUUCUGGAUUGACAGUGAUAGAUAAUUUAGGCCAGAUGAGUGAGUCGUUGGGGUAUGACAAUACCCAUAUAUUUGUGUCCAUGAUAAGCAUUUGGAAUUUCCUCGGCCGUAUUGCUGGUGGCUACUUCUCUGAGAUUAUUGUAAGGGAUUACGCAUAUCCAAGGCCAGUGGCCAUGGCUGUGGCCCAGAUUAUUAUGGUAGUCGGACACUUGCUCUUUGCUAUGGGAUGGACUGGUGGUGCAAUGUAUGGCGGUACUUUGUUGAUUGGGCUUGGUUAUGGAGCCCAUUGGGCGAUUGUUCCAGCUGCAGCCACGGAGCUGUUUGGCUUGAAAAAAUUUGGGGCCUUGUACAAUUUCCUUACACUAGCAAAUCCUGCGGGAUCUCUAAUCUUUUCUGGUGUCAUUGCUAGCAAUAUUUAUGAUCAUGAAGCAGAGAAACAAUCUCGCCAGAUGCAGCUCCAUCACCAGCAGAAGCAAAAUUCAGUGUUUCUGCUAGGAAGGACGAUGCCGGCUGAUGUAGAACUUGGCGUUGAAGAGUCACUUAGGUGUGAGGGCGCCGUUUGUUUUUUCCUUACUUCUAUGAUAAUGUCUGGACUUUGUAUCGUAGCAGUGUUGUUGAGUAUGGUUCUUGUUUAUCGAACCAAGAUCGUCUACAAUAACCUCUAUGGAAAAUCUCGUACUUGAGUUUGGAACGAAAGGCUAAUUAAGUCACUGAUGAUGAGAAUAUUUCACGAAACAGAGUACAGCUCGACCUAUUUCAACUCAUAUAUGUUACU